GGAGGAGCUAACACGAAAGCAGAGCAGAGUUUGUGAUGAGGUAUGGCUUCAAUUUCCAACAUCCCCGUUUCUCUACCUUCCCUUUCCAAAUCAAAAUCCCACUUUUUUCAAAAUCGCUCUUUACUCUUCACUCCUCUCUCCUUAUUACCAAAACCCAUUCCUUUUAACGACUCAAAUAAUCGUAAGAAGAAGAACAAGCGCGGCAAAUUCUGGUUAACUUUAGCCACUCCUGAAGAGGUUCUUCCAUCAGAUUCCCAGCAGAUUGUGUCCACCACAGGUGAUGAAAGCGUUUCCACUGUUAUUCAGGCUCUUCUCUUUGUUGCCUUUUUGCUUACUAUUCUCACUAUUGGGGUUAUAUACAUAGCAGUGCAAGAUUUCUUGGAGAAGAGAGAGAUGGACAAGUAUGAGAAAGAAGAGGCUGCCAAGAACAAGAAUGGGAAAAAGAAGAAGGUGAGAGCUAGAGCUGGGCCUAGGGGAUUUGGUCAAAAGAUCGAUGAAGAUGAUGAUAUUUAGGUUACCAAUUUCCUUGUAAACUUUACAUUUUCAUUGCCCCUUCUGAAGUUUGCCUGCAAUACAUUGUCCGGACAAUAUUUGUGUUUCUGUGCGUGCCUUUUUUUUGUUAGAUAAACAACCUUAUUUAGUCCU